UCGGCUUUCGGCUCAGAAGAGGCCAAGGUGCGACUGUCUUCGGUCGUCCCAAAUCCAGGUUCACCUGACACCAGCCGCCUCCGACAUGGCGCCUAAAUUUGACCCCGGCGAGAUCAAAGUCGCACACUUGAGGUGCACUGGUGAGGAGGUUGGCACCACAUCUGUCCUGGCCCCAAAGAUUGGCCCCCUGCGUUUGUCUACAAAAAAAGUUGGUGAUAACAUCACCAAGGCAACUGGUGAUUGGAAGAGUCUGAGGAUUACAGCGAAGCGGACCAUUCAGAACAGACAGGCCCAGAUUGAAGUGGUACCUUCCGCCUCCACCCGGAUUACCACAGUCCUCAAGGAACCACCAACAGACAGAAAGAAGCACAAGAACACCAUUCGGCACCCCAGAAAUCUCACUUUUGAUGAGAUUGUCAAUAUUGCCUGAUAAAUGUGGCACGGAUCUUUAGCCUGAGAACUCUCUGGAACCAUUAAAGAGAUCCUGGAGACUGCCCAGUCUGUGGGAUGCAAUGUUGAUGGCCACCACCCUCAUGACAUCACAGAUGACAUCAAUAGUGGUACAAUGGAAUGCCCAGCUAGUUAAGAACUACUAAUAAGGAAAAUAUUUCAAUAAAGGAUCAUUUGACAACGA